CCAUGCAGUUUGCAGAAUGUCAGUGCAUAAUCCAGUGUCAGGCACAAGAAGCUAUGCGCUUCAGACUGCAGCAUACUUUAGAUGUGAAAGAGCUGCAGGGCCCAGGCUACUCAUCAGGUUCAGGCAAGCUGCGGCACGUGGUCCCUCUUUCCCACCUGCACUCUGCUGUCGUGCCACCUUCCCGGAACUUGGCCAGCUGUGCCCUUUGUAUGCCUUCCAAGCCAGGCAUUUUGAAGGAGGAACCAUUGCAGGAUCUAAAGAGGAUUCUUCAAGAAUUAACCAGCUCAGACAAUAACAUUCCCUCUGUGGAUCUUGGCAAGGAAUGCAGCAAUGGUGGGAGAAAAUCACCAUCAGCAACCAUGAGAAAUACAAUGGAGGCUGCAGCUAGAGACUCUGCUCCUAGCAUUGUGGAAAAGGACACUGUUGGACGGGAUCCUUCAUGCUUACAUACUGGAGAUCCUCAGUCCCAAGGUGUUACCCUGCCCUUUACGUCCCUUGGAGGUACAUCCACCUUCUCAGCAGCUCCUUGUCGUACGUUCUCCCCCAAGAAGGUGUCUCAGGAAGAAAGAUACAGAGAAAGGUCUCCAGUACACUUGCUGUUAACUUCUCCACCCGGUGACCUUGCAGCUGGCCCCAGAGCCUCACCAGAGCACAGACCAUCCACAAGGAAGGCUGGCUCUCCAGAGGGUGCAGACACAGUCCCACAGACAAGUAAGUCUGGUCCCAUUUACUUGGUCCAAAAAGCUUGGCUGGGUCUCUUCCCAGCUGGCACAGUCAGCAAGUUACGAACUGUAAGUUAAAUUCAGCCAUUCAUCAAUUCUAUAGGAACCAGUGGAUUCCCACCAUCGUUCACUGAUGCAGUCUUUUACAGGUUAUGACUGUGGUACCUGUACUUCAUACUGCAUUUAUGUUGUAUGUACCUUUGUAAUACAUUGCUUAUGGAAUCUGGCCAUGUUGCUGAACGUAAACUGUAGCAAUUCUCAAAUGUACAGGGCUGACAUGGGAUUGAUCUCCUACUUGUGGUUCUGGCAAGUGCGAUUACAGUAUGCAAAUUUAUUGAAACAAUUAACUGAUGGUUCAUUUUAAAGCACUGCCUCAGUGGUUCUG